AGUCAUCUAAAGGUGACCAGUAGACAGUAGUCAAUAGCACUGUGUGGCAACAACCGUACGGGGAGUUGAAAUCCUGUUACAUUGCUACCCGAGGUAUACUGGCUCUGAAUUAGUACCCCCGAACACGCCCAGUUAAACAUUAGGAAAAGGUCUAUCGUAGAGCAGGAUUUUCUUGGAAGUACAAAUGGAUUCAGACAGCAGCCUGAUGUCCAGUCGUGCCUCAUCUCCUGAAGUAGAAGAACUCUUUCUUUCAGCCCGGAAAGGUUUUUCGGGGACCGUGUCAUCAACUCAGAGCGACUCACCUCCGGAACUAAGCUCAGAACUACGAGCAGCAAUGGGAGCAGGUGGUGACAAAAUGGGACUCAAAGCUUCUUCGUCGUCCUCCUCGUCUUCUUCUACCUCGUCAUCUUUUAAGAAAGAUAAAAAACAGCUGAAUGAAAAUGAGCUGCAGCAACUUCGGCUGAAAAUUAACAGCAGAGAGCGGAAAAGGAUGCAUGACUUGAACAUCGCUAUGGACGGUCUAAGAGAGGUGAUGCCAUAUGCUCAUGGGCCAUCAGUCCGCAAGCUCUCCAAAAUAGCUACUUUGCUACUCGCCCGCAACUAUAUUCUCAUGUUAAGCAGCUCACUUGAAGAAAUGAAAAGGUUGGUGAGCGAAAUCUAUGGGGGGCACCACGCCGGUUUUCACCCCGCAGCUUGUGGGGGAAUGACUCAUCCAGCGCCGCUGGCAGCCCCACACCCGACUCACCCGGCCCAUCACGGGGGACAUCAUCCUUUGCUACCACCACCUGUGUCAUCUGCUGCUGUGAGAACGCCUCACAGUCUUCUCAAGUCACCCAGUUCUGCCACAGCACCUUUGAGCAGUAGUUUCCAGCACUGGGGAGGAAUGCCAUGUCCCUGCAGCAUGUGCCAGCAGAUUCCAGCCCCACAUCAGGUCUCCAUGAGCUCUAGCAUGCCUAGGUUAACAUCGGACACAAAAUGAAAACUUGCAUUUUUAAUGGACUUGGACACUCAGUGACCUUCAUUUAUUGGGACACUUCCUGCAACUAGUAGUACUUUACCUUAAAGCAACUUGCUGUGAAGCAAAAUCAACUGGUAUAUAUUUUGCUGACCUGACCAUGGAGUCCUCCCAGUCUGUAUGAGACACUUACAAUACAUGAAUUAAAUCCACUGCUUGUGCACUGUACAGUUUACAACUGAGUUGUGUUAAAACACUGGAACACAAUGAACAGUCUGUCACUUUCACUUUGCAGCGAAAUUAUCAGCAAAGGAACACUGCCAACAAACAAUUUCUCAACAAAUCUUCCUAAACUAAUCCCAGCUGUUAGUCAAGUCGGUGUAUACUGAACUGUCUGUCAACUUCAGUAGGGCAAUGAAUUAAAGCACAUAAAGGCGUCCUCCAGUUAGGAAGCUCUUAAAUGUUGGAAUUUAAGGACUUGCUUGGCGAGAAACAAAUUCUGUCUCCAAGUAUGCCGUCUUUGUUUAAGUCUUAAUGCCCGUCCUUUUAAACACUUUCUUCCAGCACAUCUUAACUAAGAAAAAGGAGAUAGAUCAAUUAUGAUUUGAACAUCAUUAAAUGUAACCUUUUGUCCUCCAGGAGGUAGCUGUUGUGUUUUCUGUGUACAAUAUCUUCAUAGUCGGAGCAGUGUAAAGCUGGCGAUGACUCCCUUUAAAUGUAUGCUUUGUGCACCUGUUCCAGAGUUGCCUGCUGAGCAAGAGGACAUUUUUGCGUGUUUGUCUGUCUAACCCCAAGACACUUUCUGUUUUGUAAUUUCUAUAACUGCCUAAAACACAUAAAACGCGUAUAUUCCCACUGCCUUUUUGCGAUCCUCAGUAUUGGACUUCUUAGUGUUUUUGAGAUUACAGUAUAUUAAUUAACCCAAAUUCAUUGUCAUCACUGCCCGUUACAAAGAGGUAUCAACUGUUUAUUUUUGUAAAAAGUGCUAAAUAAUAUUUAUUACUUAUUUUGUUUUUGAGAAUAAAAUGAUUCACUGCCGAGAUUUAAAAUAAAUUGUUUUAAUUAAAUAAA